AUGGUGACUCUGUGCAGCUCUGCAGUGGCCAAGGGAUUGACCAGAUUUAUCUGCCCUGUUUACCCAGAGCCAGAAUACCAACUUCUUAUGCCACCAAGGCCUCCCAAGCAGAUAUGGUGUCCAGUCAAGACUGCCAUUACAGAUCGUGCGAAGGCACCCAAAGGCUUGAAUCUCAAUGAGCCUGAUUUGAUUAAUGAUGAUCUAUUGUCCCAAAUCGCAAGAUGCCGCGAGCGGAUUAAGGAGAAUUUCAUGCCUCAUGUCUAUAAACAUAAAUUGGAAGAGCUCCUGAUGGAGCAGAAGGGCCGCGACCUAGAACAUCUCGAAUCUAUCCUGAAAUGGGCUCAGAGCAAUGCCGACAAAUACAAGAUCACCCACAACGUUGAACAUGCUAUACUAGCCUACCGAUCUGGUGUCUUGAACUGGUGUCAUAGCUUUGUCACCUAUUGGCACAAUGGAACCCAGCUCUGCGCGCCAAGGCCCGGACCUAGCAGUCAACAGGCUGUGAUCGAAUGCGGAACGGGGUCCAGAAAGUGGGCAGCCGAGAUAUCAAUUGCUCUUCGGAUCCCUAUCAUAGGUGAUGAGCCACCACCUGGGCCCUUUGAAUUCCAGUUCAAGGAUGAUACCGGGGCCGAUUAUAUGGUUCUUUAUGACAACGACGUGGAACUACUAAGGGUCAAUCUACAAGCCAAGGGCACUGUUUACUCUAUACCUCCACUAUUGGGUGUGCUAGUGGUAACAUUGGGCGAUGGGAGCAAGAAAGCCAUGUUGGUAAGGGAAUUAGAAGUCAACAUGUGGGAUGAGCAACAGAAGCAAUAUAUGGCAGCCAGUUGGGACUCGAUACCGGUUGUCGUUCUUCCUGGGCGUGGAACAAAACGCCUGAAUGGUCCUUGGAUGCGUUGGAAGUUCUACACAGGAACAGCCCCGGAUAACUCGAACCGUUUGUGGAUAUAUGACUACAAUCCCACCAAUCCUCUUAUGCGUGGCCCGAGGCUUCCUACCGAAACCCAGGCACAAAUGGAUAGGGCAUUGCCGACUGCGCAUAAAUACGAGAGCAUUGGGAAUCAUCCUCAAUUUAACCCGGAUAUUCCGUCGGGAAAAUCGAUAAUAUAA